UUGAUCGCCUCUGCACUUUCUCGAUAACAAGAGAUAUCGCGGAAACCCACGUAUCUCGCUAACUUAUUUCUUGGCUCCGUUCUGUCGUCAACUCACACUUCAAGGGAUGGAUUUGAGCAGGCAUUCAUCUCAUGUAUCGCUGGCGCCGAGAUAUGAUGCCUUUCUUUUGCUUUCCGUUACCCUUUCAUUUGUUAGUUGGAAUCACAAACACCCGCAGUGUCAAGGUAGUAGAUUGCACCACCAUGAUCCCAGGCGCCGAACGCUUUCGAAAUUGUCAGGACGCUUGUAAGCGAUAUCGAGUUGAACUUAUUCGACCACCCAGCUCUAAAAAUAGCAACAGGAUUUCAAAUGUACUACAAUAAGGCCUGGUAAGCUGGAGACAUGCAAGAUAACUGUCACUCUCAGU